GAUAGUAAAUACUCAUCAGCGUGGGAAAAUAAGUUAGCCUUGUCAACAGCCAUUCCUCUCUCAACGAACUUAGCAGCUUGCGUGAAUCGGGUGCGACAAACGAACGCAGCGUCUGUGAAGUAUACAACAAGUCGUAAUGGAGUCUUCACCUCCACUCUCGCUGAAGGCUAAUGCUUUUUCCAUAGCUUCUCUGAUGUCUUCCAGAGAUGAUCGAAGCGAUUUUGACCCAAGAGAGUCUCCGAAGGACAGAGAGAGUGUUUCCGAAGACGAAAGCGCCCAGCCACCACCGGCCAAAAGGAUGAAAUCCUUGUCAAGUGAAGUAGCCACCGACGACGAAGACGGCGGCGAAGUGUUCGAAAACCCGUUCAAGGACGAGUUGAAGAACAUAACUGUGGAAUUGGAAGGGAAAGAGCUAUGGGAACGAUUCAGUGAACUAGGAACUGAAAUGAUCAUCACCAAGGCUGGAAGGCGAAUGUUUCCCACACUAAGAAUAUCCGUAAACGGCGUCAACCCUAAAGCAAAUUACAUGGUCCUAAUGGAUAUUGUGCCUGUUGACGACAAACGCUACAGAUACGCCUACCACCGUUCAACAUGGCUUGUGGCUGGUAAGGCUGAUCCACCAGCUCCUGUUAGACUUUAUAUGCAUCCAGAUUCACCUUUUACAGGCGAGCAGCUGUUAAAGCAGAUCAUAUCGUUCGAGAAAGUAAAACUGACCAACAACGACGGCGACCGUAAUGGGCAUCUUAUUCUAAAUUCCAUGCAUAAAUACCAGCCAAGAGUGCAUAUCAUUCGUAAACGUGACCACACAGCUUCUGUAAUCAAUCUCAAGUCCGAGGAGAUGAAAACAUUCACCUUUCCAGAGACGAAUUUCAUCGGAGUAACAGCGUACCAAAAUCAACUGAUCACACGAUUAAAAAUAGACAGCAAUCCAUUUGCCAAAGGUUUCCGGGACUCAGCACGUCUUAUUCCAGUAGAAAGAGAUUCCUUUCACGACAGCCAUCCGCAUGCAAUGAUCCCAGACCCGAUGUACACUUCUGUUCCCUUCCCUCUUAUGCCACAGUUGGGUGUUAACAACAGAUACCAGUUACCCAAGAUGGGUUGUAGAUCGCAGGACAAGGCGUCUUUCUUUCAAUCAGGUUGUCUUCCACCACCAUCACCAGCUAUUCCAAGGGUACCAUUUACGGGAGUUCUGAGCGCGUUUCGCCAGCAGAGCUUACCUAAUUUACUAUCACCGACAUUUGCUUCACCCAAGCCUAUUGGAACACUGGAGGUACCUCCCCAUCCACCUUACAGCGUUCACGGAGAGUUCCCUAGCUCAACAUUGCCGUUCUUCUGAGCUCUCAGGCUUCUAAACUGUGUAAAGUCUGGAUAAACUGUCGAGUGUUCAUAACGAUGGGGAAGCUUUACAUAGAUACCACCCUCAUGUCGAGAGGCACAUGCAAAGAAUAACGUCAUCUCUGUCUCUGGCUCUGGGCCCAUGUCUAAGCACAACGAUUUUCGCGCCCUUGCUUCACCUUCCUUCUCCAUCUUUCUUCUGGUAUUUAAUAAAGAAACGUUCCACUGAACACCCAAGUUAAAGACCUUUUAGGUGGAUUUAAAAAAAGCAAGCCCGGAUUUUAGCCAUAUUCGUUGUAAAAUAAGAAGCAUUUGACCACCCACUAUGUACGAUAAUUUAAGUAUAUUUCUCGUUUUAUAUCUUAGUGGUAGCCAUUAAGGCGCAAUUUUAAAUUAAACUUCAUUGUGGAGAAGAAUUAAAUAACGAGUUCACAAACUGCGAAUAGUUCUAACUGCCAUCCUAACGUUGUUUACUAUAUUUCGUAGGGAAAUUUCGCGGUUAACGUGAAGAGUUUAUUUUACAAUUUUGCACAUCUGUUUUCUUCUUUCUGUAUAAAGCUAAAGGUUUUCACGAAAUCUGACAUACUUCAUUGCCUCGUGUUUGUAAUUCAAAUAUACAAGUAAAAAGUCCUCGUUUUGAGCAGAUAGCGGUAGGUCUUAUAGACCAGUUUAAUUAACAACUUUGGAUAUCUUUCUUUUAUAUUUUUAAAUUGUACUUUUUACACUUCCCUUUGUGUUACAGACGAUUUCCAUCUCUAUUACAUUAAAGAUUUUAAAAAUGAUAUUUAAUUAAAGUAAAUAACUAAAGAAUUGGAUCAACCACCUUUCUAUCUUUUUGUCUGUAUGUUCUUAACUUCUUCUAUUCUAAGUUACAUAUUUAUUACCAGUAUUUGAUAUAUAUUUUAAAAUUUUUAAUUCCAAAUGAAGAAAUGUAAAAGGAAAGACAAAACUUUCACCAUUCGCAAGCAGGUAAUUUAAAUGGUGCACACCAAUUAAAGUAUUUGUUCUCCUGUU